UGUUGAUUUUUUUCUAGCAGACGAGACAUUUUUCAGUGUCCAGGAAGUCGUGCAAAAAGUUAACCACGAAACUGCCGCUAGUUACAUCAGCCAAUCGUAAUGACAGAAACAUUAGCAGACACGAUGGAAGCUUUGGACCUUACAAAGAAACCAACAGUUGAUGGAGAGGAAGACUUUGUGGACCCCUGGAAUGUCGUUGGGAGUUCAGUUAAAGGCAUUGAUUACGAAAAGUUGAUAAAGAGAUUUGGAUGUACCAGAAUAGAUUCAGCUUUAAUAGAGCGCUUUGAAAAGGUUACCGGCAAGCCAGCCCACCACCUGCUGAAAAGAGGAGUUUUUUUCUCUCAUCGUGAUUUACACACUAUACUUACCCUUCAUGAGCAAGGAAAGCCGUUUUAUCUCUAUACUGGAAGAGGACCUUCUUCUUCUUCAAUUCAUAUGGGUCAUUUGAUCCCAUUUGUGUUCACAAAGUACCUACAAGAAGUGUUUAAUGUUCCUUUGGUGAUUCAGUUAACAGACGAUGAAAAAUACCUCUGGAAAGAUCUUACAUUGGAGGAGACUCAAAAGCUUGCAGUAGAGAAUGCUAAAGACAUUAUAGCACUGGGUUUUGAUGUAGAAAAAACCUUUAUAUUUUCCGACUUUACGUUUAUCGGACAGUGCCCGGAGUUCUAUCAAAACAUGAUUAGAAUCCAAAAACGUGUCACUGUUAAUCAGAUUAAAGGUAACUUUGGAUUUGGGGAUAGCGACUGUAUCGGGAAAAUAAGCUUCCCAGCGACCCAGGCUGCUCCUGCAUUUUCGAACUCUUUUCCGUUUAUUUUCGGCAAUCGCAAGGAUAUCCCCUGUUUAAUUCCCUGCGCUAUUGACCAAGAUACCUAUUUCAGGAUGACAAGGGAUGUCGCGCCGCGUCUGGGUUGCCCCAAACCGGCUUUAAUCCAUAGCACUUUUUUCCCUGCGUUACAAGGCGCUCAGACUAAAAUGUCUGCGAGUGAUGCAAAUUCGUCUAUUUUUUUAACUGAUACACCUAAAGCAUUGAAAACUAAGGUGAAUAAGUACGCCUUUUCGGGUGGCCAGACUUCGGUUGAGGAGCAUCGACGACUUGGUGGAAACUGUGAAGUUGAUAUUUCCUAUAAAUAUUUAACCUUCUUUUUGGAAGAUGAUGCUCGGCUUGAGAAAAUUCGUGAAGAUUAUACCAGCGGGGCAAUGUUGACUGGCGAAAUUAAAGCUGAGCUAAUUGCUGUGCUUACACCGAUCGUUACCAGUCAUCAAGAAAGUAGGAAAAAGAUAACUGAUGAAAUUUGGACUGUUUUGCAAAUGCAACUGGGCGAGGGCGAACCGCGAACUGGCAACUGCAAGCCGCGCUCAAAAAUUAUUAGCUGUUUGGCAACGAUGGUGGAUAGAACAAGCCUAACUGCUAUUGAGUAUGCUGUUCGCAUACCAGCAAGCUUUGUUACUAGCAUGAGAGACUCUUCUAUUGCACAUCCAACUCCACUUCGUAACCUGCACAAAGAUUUUAUGGAUCUGCAUGAUGAAAUGCAAGUCUAUGUCAGAAUAAAGCCGUGUGAUGAGAAAAAUGGCACUUUAUCUAUCACCGGAAAUCACAUUAUUGUCACGCCACCAAAAGAUUCUGUUUCCUUCAAGAACAGGAACAACUCUGGAACAAAAACUUUGCAGAAAUUUAAAUUCAACAAAAUUUAUGACGCAACAGUGAAACAGGAACAUCUUUUCAAAGACUCUGCACUUAAUUUAGUACAAGAUUUCUUGAUGGGCAAGAAUGCAUUGCUUUUCACUUAUGGAGCAACUAGUGCAGGCAAAACCUACACCAUGUUGGGCAAUAUCAGAGAUGCAGGUUUAAUUCCUCGUUCUUUGGAUGUUGUAUUCAACAGCCUGGAAGAUAGACUACUUAAGAAUCCUGUCCUUAAGCCACUUGCUCUUAAUGAAGUCAUGAAACUGAAUCUUAACCAAAUUGAAGCAGAAGAGUUGGAGAGGGCAAUUUUGAUGAGGGGAUUUGAUCUCGACUCAUCCGACACCAAGGACAGCAUUUCUUCAGUAUCUAGUGGAUCACUGAAGGACUGGAAUAUUCGAGCUCGAGAUGAGACAGUUUGCGCUCUUCAACACCCUCAAGAUUAUUUUUCAGUUUGGGUAUCGUACUGCGAAAUUUAUAAUGAACAAGCCUUUGAUCUACUGGAUGGAUGUGACAAAAAGAAGAAACGAGUAGCCUUGCGUAUUACUGAAGAUCGCAAGGGGAAAUUCUUUGUUAAAGGCCUUAAAGAGAUUUGCGUCCGUACUGCUGAUGAAGCUGUCCGAGUUUUGCUUUUUGGAAAAGAGAACUUACACUUUGCUGCUACCAAGUUGAACCACAAUUCCAGUCGAUCUCAUUGCAUCUUUACGGUUAAGCUAAUUCGAACAAACCAUUGGGACGAGCCAAGUGAAGCUGCAAUCCAUAUGAUGUCCUUUGUCGAUCUUGCUGGAAUGGAACGAACAACAAAGACUCAAAGUAAAGGUGAACGGCUAAAAGAAGCCGGAAACAUCAAUACUUCACUCUUGAUACUUGGUCGUUGCAUCGACGCUAUGAGAAGUAAUCAACAAAACUCCAGUAAUAAAACAACAAUGAUUCCGUAUCGAGAGUCUAAAUUGACGCGAAUCCUGCAACACUUUUUUUCUGGUCAGGGUAGAGCCGCCAUGUUUGUGAAUGUCAGUCCCUCUGCAAACUUGUGUGACGAAACUCUUCAUGUUCUCAAAUUUGGCGCCUUAGCUCAAGAAAUAAUCAUUCAGCCGGAUCGUGAUGCUUCAGUUGCUGAUAUAUCCAGUAGCCAAUUCGCUCCACCUUUGCGUCCAUCAAAGUUUCAACAGUACGUUCGCAAAUCAAUCAGUAUUUUAAGUGCCAGGGCGUCAGUGCUAGAGACGUCGUCGUUCCAGGCCAUUGGUGAAGAAGAUGACUCUCAAGAGCGGAUUCAAGAAUUAGAAGAAGAACUUGCUCUGCUUAAAGCUGACUGGGAAGAAAACGAACAGAAGGUUCGUGAUGAAUGUUGCAACGAAUGGAUAGAAAUUGUCACUAAGAUGGAAAAGUCGUGGAAUCAGCGAUAUGAAGAAACAAAGGCGCGCUACGAAGAGUUUUGCGAAAACCGAGUGGACCUUAUGGCUACGCUUAUAAACAGCAGCAACGUGAAAAAUAAAAAGCGCAAGAAAUCUAAUGAAGAAGACCUUGAACACAUCGCUUUGAAAUUCAAAGACAAAGACGAUGAAAUAGAAAUUCUACAAGAUUCAAAUCAACAUCUACAAGAGCAGCUCGAAAAGCUUAAAGAUAGUCUUAAGGCAAGUGAAGAAAGUAAAGGAAAUUUGCAGAAGGAGAUGACUCGACUCCAGUUUGAAGUGGCGGCGGCUUCUAAACCAAAAAUCAACUUUUGUGGCCCUGAGGUUGAGGAUGAAGAAGACGUUGACGAACCGCACGUUAAUAAUUUGGCUAAACUGAAAGAACAGUUAUCUUCGAAAGAUGAAAUACUCAAUGAAGCCGUAUUGGAAUACCACACUAAAUGUGAGGAGAUGGCUAUAGUUCAGCAAGAAAAUGAACGUUUGUUGAAAGAACUCGAGCAGACUAAGGAAACGUUAUCAGAUGUCCAGGCGGAAUUGGAACAAAGCAAUCUACUUUUGACUAAUGCAAAUGAGAGACUUGACGUCAGGGAAGAGGAACUCGUGAAUCUAGAAGAAAAGUUAAUGAAAGCGAAUGGCCAGUUCGGGCAUCUUAACACAGAAUUACGUGAAGCAAAGAGACGAAUUCGAGAUCUCGAAUCGCAUAUUAAGGAUCAAACUAAUGCAAGUAUGGUAUCCACUAUGUGUGAAGAACUGCAGAAGCAGCUGCUCGAGGCUGAAGCUAAACUGGAAAAGCGCCAAGACGAAAUCGAGUGCCUCAAAAGGGAGUUGAGUCGCAAAGAUUGCAUCGAAGUCAAAGGUGAUGCGAUUCAAGAGGAACUGAAAAAUUUGCGCGACCGAUUUUCGAAAGUUCAGAUUCAACUCAGCAUUUCCAAAGAAGAAAUAACAACUCUUAAGGAAGCCAACGAAGAAAUGAGAUCUCGAAGAGAAAGCCUUCUUGAUCAGAUUUCUCAUUUGAAAAAAGACAUUGAAAUUUCCAGUACUGAACGGAAACACGACGAAGGUAGUCAUUCUCACUUAUUGGAAGAAAACGAAAGGAUGCACAAAAAUUUGAGCGAUAUACAAAACACUAAGGCUAAACUUACUAAAGAGAAUGCCGAAUUCCGGAAAACCAUGGCGGAAUACGAGUAUACAAUUGAAGAGCUAACAAUUCAGAUUGGUCAGCUGAAAACAAUCAAACUUGAACGAGGUUUACUGGAGGAAGAACUUAAAACUUUAGCUGCCACUCUUGCUCGGGUUCAACUGGGGAAGUCUCAAAUGGAAAAAGAAGUAGACCAGAUCCGGAAUGAGUGUCAGGUUUCAGAUGAACAAUACGAAAAGUUACAAAUCCAGUUGGAAGAAAGUCGCAGUCGAGAAGCAGCGUUAAAAGAAGAGCUCAAACGUUUGAAGGCAGAUUUGAAAUGUGCUUCGAAUAGUACUGCUGGAUCCGUUUCCGAAAUUGCCAGUAAAGAAGCUGAGCUGCUGGAAUUGAAAGAAAAAUUGGUAGCCAUGAAACGGUUGAAAGAAGACGAUAAACUCGCACUGGAAAAAGAGUUCAAUGAAAAGCGUGAUCAACUUGAAAAAAACAAUGAGAAGCUCACAAAAGAAAUGUUGAAGCACAUGAGACGUGCGGACGAGUUGAGCGAAACCGUUCAAUCAGUUGAAGAGAAGUUGAAACUAAAAUCGCAAAAAUGUGAUUCUCUUUCCAAGCGAAUUGUCGAACUUGAAAAUCAGACUUUGAGUUUAACAGAUAUUCAGAAUCGACUGGUCGAUCAUGAAAUUGCCCUAAAGGAAAAGGAAAAUGAAAACCAAUCCGUAAUCAAAGAACUAGAAAAGAAGAAUCUUAUUAUAGAAGACAUGAAACAGCAAAACGAGCGCGUGUUGAUGGAGAAAAAUGGAGACAUAAAUCGCUUGGAAAAUGAGCUGAAGUCCAUACUGAGCGGUCAUGUCAACUAUAAAGGGCCUAUCAUAAAAGUAGAAGGUCCGCCCGAUGAUGAACUGCAUCAAGACGAAGGCUCGCUGAUGGUUACGCCUACUCCAGCUAAAGCUAGACGAGGUCGUGCCAAGAAAAUUGCUUCACCUGAUUCUAUGCAAAAGGAAGUGGAAGAGAACAAAUGUGAAACAGGUAGCCUAUGCGGUAGUACACGAAGUAGACGAACACUUAAAACGGAGUUUGCCGCACUACCAAGCUCCACAAAGACCUCCACUAGAAAACCACGCAAGCCCAAGUCUGAUUGUGAAGAUGUGGCGCAUCCAGCUCAUCUUUCUGCCCCACAUCUUGAGGAAGAUCCUGGCUUGGAAGCCAGUACUCUGGGAUCAAGCAAGAGAAGACUGUACAAUGCAAAAUGCCCUGAUAUUCUCCUGCCGUCGUCAACGAAGGAGGAAGCUGCUGAUGGAUUGGAUUUUCCGAAGCGCAUGGCCACGCGUAGCCGUAAGCCGUAACUCGUGCUCAAAGUGGAUUUUAAACUAAAAAUAUCCAAUUUAUUAUAUUCACGUUUUGUUUUGGUACGCUGUUAUGUAUGAUAUAAUUUCUGCUAAUAAUUGCCAUAUCUAGAUUUCAUUGUCUCAGUAAUAAACGACUAAUUGAGUUGUA